UCGGAUAUUUGUGCAGCACGUUAUCGCAGUUAUCGUAGGAGCUUUGUCCGUCCUUUCGACACAGUGGAUAGAGAGCAAAUGAGCUCGCUGAAGCAUCACACGGGUUUCGACCUUCAAAAACAAUUCUGUUGUCAUUGGGUUUUGACGUUCAGCCAAGAAAGCCCUCUGCGAAAGAGUAAAUGGGGAAUUGCAGACAAGGCGAAAUUGGAAUUCGAAUUUCCGUACCGUACCUCCACUGGAAACGAUUCCGGUUUGAACUGAACUGGACAGAACUCUUCUGCGAUAAGGAUAGUAUACUGCUUAGUGAUAUUAGUUGGAGUGACACAAAACAAAACAGAGUUGCUUGAGUUCUCAUCGAAACAAGAAACUUCUUAUCAAUCUGAUUUAUCACGAGGAGACAGACUCUCCCCUCAUAUUUCUAAAUACUAACAUGGUAUAGACAAAGAACAACUCGCUAAAAACUCACCCUCAUAUUUUUUCAACGAUCAUAUGAUACGAAGGUCAGGUGAGAUAACAUAAAGUCGACCAUCUGUGUGUAAAUGUGUGAAACAAACACAGCUUUGAAAAAUGUAGUUUAAAUUUAAUUCAAAUUAAUUAAUUGAGCUACUGCUAUUGAGCUGUACUUACAGUGUCUUUACAGUACAGUGACCAAAGUGUGAAGCUUCCCACAUUGUUUUAUCAGAUUUGGCGAAAACAUUAUUUCUUAAACCUGUUGUUGUCGUCCCCAAUUGGCAGAGAUAGUUUAAAUACAUAACCAGUUCUAUUUAAAUUCUUGAGUUCUAUUUAAAACUGAGAGUGUUCUAUAUCCGUGAUCGUACCGGUACAAAUAAUGUUUUAUUGUGGUGUCUGUUUUAGAAUUACAGGUGUUUAGUCUCUGAUGGUGCGUCCGAGCCGUUGUCGUUUAAAAAGACGCGACUGCAGCAAUGUCACAGGGAUACACGUAAGAGUUACAGUAAGAGCUAGGGACAUUAAAGCGACGAAUGUGAUUCUCAUGCUUUGCUGAUCCUGUUGUAUGAGACGCGUUGAACCAUCAACGACAAUUCCAUGGCUGCAAAUAUUCACAGACACUCACUGUUAUGCUGUAAACACACAUUCAUUUUAUUGACCAGUUGUCAAGAUGUGCCGAUAAAUGUGACUUGAAAGAUGCAACGAACAAACAUAAAACGAUGAGUACUGGAUGACAAGACUGGAUCAAUAUUGUACAAACAUGCAUAUUCGCACGGAAGAAACACUUGUGCUUACCUGUUGCUGUUAGAGACUGUACUGCAAACAGUCACCAACAUGCGAUUUGAUGGCGAAUUGCUAAAGAAGAGAAGCCCGAACUGCAGCUAGUGAAAUCCGCUUCAUCCGCGUCAAUCACUGACCUUCUAGGUUAGUAUAUGCCAGAAGACUGCUGGCAUACUCCGACAGAGCAUUAUUUCAUAGUACAUUUUUUUUAUUCAGAAAGAACGGCUUCGGGCGUAUUGCUUGACAAAAAUACAUUAACACAAAAGAAAUAGAUUUACAGUGAAUUAAAGAGGUGUUUUCAAGGUAAACGUACUCUCAAUUUAUUGUUUUUUACCGAUCGGUUGGCAAGUUACUAUUGCAGAACGAAGGUGAAAGAUGAAGGCACGACGUAUCAACAUUCAAAAAAUCAUAAUUUGGGAAAAAUAAGAUUUGUUGAUGUAAAUAUUUUGUUUACUUUAUUCUCCUCAUUAUCUCACAUAAUCUCACACGUAAGGGUUGCAGAGCCCUGGAAUUGUCAACGUAAACAUGCAGUGGUUUGCUGUGCGCUUGUUCAGCAGUGCAAUCGUUCUUUAUACUCGGGGCGGUCGCUUUCUGCUGUUUCGCUUCCAAAACGUUAAUUCUAUAUUCUUGCAGAGUGGAAUAGUGUUUUUACGCGGCUGGGGCUUCUAUCAUCUAACGUCGUUUUGAGCGCUCACGCCCUUCAAAUACUGAAUAUGGAGCUGAAGCCGAGUCAAGCGCUCGUGCCCGGUAGAGCGGCCGAUGAGUCGGAAGAGUUGCAGUUUCUGUUUUUCGAGGACCAAGAACUGAAACUAGACGAACAGGGGGACAAGGAGGAAAACAAGCAGCUACAGCAGAAUGUGAAAUUGUGCUAUGAACCUGGUAGUCAGUACUGUACCUUUUGCAUGACCACGUUUAUGCGUGAGGGUCACGUGCCGGGGGAGUCGUGCAACUUCCGGUUUUGCGGCAAAUACGACAGGCAGAUCUGUGAGCCAAUCAUCAAAGCAAAAUCAGAGGAAUAUGAAAAUAAGGAGCCAGAAAAGGAUAAAGCAAAAUGAGGGAAAGAGACGCGACGCAGCACACGCAUACGUACCAUGUAGUCGAACGAUGUGCAAUGGUCAACAUACACCCACGGAUUGUCGAGCGUUCGAUAUAAUUGUACGUAUCCCAAGAAAACCACAAGAAAACUAGUGUUUUCGAUUGGUUUGCCAGCAACGGAAAGGCUAGGACAAGGGUAGCCUAGGUUGUUUUUUUUUUUGUAUGGCCGUUGCUAUGUAGGUGAUUCGUUUAUCUCUUCGACUUGAAGAAGUUUUUUUCGCAGGUUCGCAGGGACCUUUUGCGCAGGUGCGAUAGGGCGUAGUGCUAUCAUUUGUAUUUAAUGUUUUCCUCAAUCGACCAACCGUAAGUGUGAUGAUUGCAGGGGUAGAACCCUCCUUUUAUGAGAAAGGUCUCUUUGUCUGGUGUGGCUCCGCCCGACGUUGUCUGCAACUCCUUGUUGGGCUAAAACAUAAUAAAGAAGCAUCACUAGAAAGAUUUUAGUUAGGGGAGGAUACAUUCUUCUGUCAUUCACUCUGGAGGUUACAAUGGCCUUAUGAGGAGAAUACUUACUUACUUACUUAUCCGGCGCUAUAACCGUUUUGCGACCUUGGCCUGCCUCACGAGUGUCCGAAACCGCUAAACCAUUGGUCUAUUUUGGGCCAAAAAGGUAAAACAGAUGACAUGACCAACCGUGAAAAACUGUUUGUUGCGCUGGAGAAAGCCUGGAUAAAUUUAAACCCUCCACACAUUCAAACCUUGUUGAAAGUAUGUCACCUCCAUGCCAAACUGGUAUU